AUGCGCACCAUAGUUGAGGACGACACGGGCGAUCGGGCACAUCCAUCGACGUCAGAAGAACCAAGGGAGGAAGUGGAAGGACCCCAGAUGCCGACCCAUGUGUCGCCUUCUUCGCAGCAACAACAGCAGCAACAGUCCCACGGACUCCAGACGCAACAUAUCAAUCAGAACGAGAUGGACGUGGACGCGAACAUUCUGGGCGUUCGCCAGAGUGCGGCAGCCAGGAGUUGGCAGCCCACAGUGGGCAGCGUGGUGCGGCGCAGCGCAGGUUUCAUUACAGCCUUUCACAGGGUGCGGCGCUGCCAGAAUGAGGCCCCGCCGGCAUUAGCUGCGGGACUACAAUUAGCGGCGCUUCAUCGCAGCCGACCCUCCGAGGAGUGGAGCGGCCAGAAAAAGACGGCUCGUUACCGAUUCUCGGCGCGACCAGACUGCGCUUCUAGCACCUGUCCUCCUGCAGAACCGCCUCCGGACCAGCCACAUAGCUCUGUACUCGAAAAAACUCGCUCACUGCAGCGCUACACCUCCGUAAUACCGCCCCCACACCGUUACGGCCACUCGACGCCCAACACGGUGGGCGGCAAACUGUUCACCAUGUGCUACGCCAUCGUCGGCAUCCCGCUGGGACUCGUCAUGUUCCAGAGCAUCGGCGAGCGCCUCAACAAGUUCUCUUCGGUGGUGAUCCGCAACGUGAAGCGGAUGCUGCACUGCAAGAACGAGGAGGCGUCCGAGAUCAACCUCAUCUUCGUGGUGACGACGCUGAGCAGUCUCACGAUCGCGGGCGGCGCGGCCGCCUUCAGCCGCUACGAGGGCUGGACGUACUUUGACUCGGUGUACUACUGCUUCAUCACGCUCACCACCAUCGGCUUCGGCGACAUGGUGGCGCUGCAGAAGGACAAGGCGCUCGAGCGCAAACCCGAGUACGUCGCGUUCGCGCUCAUCUUCAUCCUGUUCGGGCUCGCCAUUGUGGCCGCCUCGCUCAACCUGCUCGUGCUGCGGUUCGUCACGAUGAACACCGAGGACGAGCGGCGCGACGAGGCGGAAGCUCUCCAGGCGGCGCAAGGCGCUGUGCGGCUGGAGGGCGACGUCAUCACGGCGAACGGGUCCAUCCUGAGCGGGCAGCUGGGCGGCGGCGGCGACGACUCGAGCUCGGGCGGCGGCGACGCGGCGUCCGUGUGCAGCUGCUCGUGCUACCCGCGCGCCUCGGCGGCGCAGCCCCGCUACACGGUGCGGCGCGCGCCCGGCCGCAUCCAGCACCUGCUGCCGCUGCAGCCGCUCGCGCUGGCCACGGGCGCCGUGACGCGCGGCGACCUGCCGCCGCUGCACCCUCACCGCGCCUCUAUCUGA